AGGAUGCGAGUGGAGAGCGGAGGAGAGGGGAAGAGAGAGGGAAAGCGCCGAUGGAAAAGUGUCCAGGGCUCGGUUAACAAGAAGACAAGGAUACCGGCCCGCUUCAGUUUGUCCUGGGGCACUCGGCGAUGAGAGAUUCACCGAAAGGGGCACUUUGAGAUAUGAUGAGAUUUAUUUCUGGUCGGCAAUAGUACUAUGAUUUGGUAUGUGGCCACUUUGAUAGCAAGUGUAUUCAGCACCCGAGGAACGGCCGCUCAAGGUGCCCACGGAGUGCGAGAGGAGCCCCAGUUUGUGACAGCACGUGCAGGAGAAAACGUCAUCCUGGGAUGCGACGUUUCCCAUCCCUUGAACGGCCAGCCCUAUGUGGUGGAGUGGUUCAAGUAUGGAAUGCCCAUCCCUUUCUUCAUCAACUUUCGCUUCUACCCUCCUCAUGUGGACCCGGAAUAUGCUGGCCGGGCCAGUCUGCACGGCAAGUCCUCCCUGCGGAUAGAGGAUGUGCGUUCAGACGACCACGGCUGGUAUGAGUGUAAGGUGCUGAUGUUGGAGCAGCAGUAUGACACCUUCCACAACGGCAGCUGGGUGCAUCUAACUGUCAACGCCCCCCCAACUUUCACAGAUACACCACCUCAGUACGUGGAGGCCAAGGAGGGGGGGAGCAUCACUUUGACCUGUAUAGCCUUUGGGAAUCCCAAACCCUUAGUCAGCUGGUUGCGGGAAGGUAGUCUCAUGGUCAGCAGUGCCAAGUAUAAGGUGUCCGAUGGGAGUUUGACGGUGCUAUCCAUCACCCGGGAAGAUCGGGGGGCCUACAUGUGUCGAGCCUUCAGCCCCCAGGGAGAGGCUAUUCACACCACACGGCUGCUAGUACAAGGCCCUCCGUUUAUUAUAUCACCACCGGAGAACAUUACAGUGAACAUCUCACAGGACGCCUUCUUCACCUGCCAGGCAGAGGCCUACCCUCGCAACCUAACCUACACAUGGUUCUGGGAAGAGGACAACGUCUUCUUCAAGAAUGACCUAAAGCGCAGAGUCAGUAUUCUCAUAGACGGCUCCCUAAUAAUUGCCCACGUCAAGCCAGAAGAUGCUGGGAAAUACACGUGUGCUCCCAGCAACAGCCUGGGCCGACCACCGACUGCCUCUGCCUACCUAACAGUGCAAUAUCCUGCCCGUGUGGUAAACAUGCCAUCAGUCAUCUACGCAGCCAUUGGUCUGCCUGGCUUCAUUCGCUGUCCUGUAGAUGCCAACCCCCCUGUAACUCUGGUUAAGUGGAAAAAAGAUGGCCUCCCUCUGCGGAUAGAUAAGUACCCUGGUUGGAGUCAAAUGGAAGAUGGGAGCAUCCGUGUGGCAGAGGUGACGGAGGACUCUCUUGGCACCUAUACCUGCAUGCCUUACAAUGCCCUGGGUUCCAUGGGAUGGUCGCCUCCUGCUCCCCUGGUGCUAAAGGACCCUCCCAAAUUCUCAGUGGUUCCUGGAGGGGUGUACAGGCAGGAGGCUGGAAGAGAACUGGUCAUCCCCUGUGAAGCAGAGGGAGACCCUUUUCCCAACAUCACAUGGAGGAAGGUAGGGAAGCCCAGUAAAAGCAAGCACAAUGUUCUGCCCCGAGGCAGCUUACAGUUGAAGUCACUCACAAAGGAGGACCAUGGGGAGUGGGAGUGUGUCGCCACCAAUGUUGCCACGAGCAUCACUGCCAGCACGCACGUCCAAGUCAUAGGCACAAGCCCCCACGCCCCCACCAAUGUCCAUGUGGCUGCGUUCUCCACUUUGGCCAAUGUGUCUUGGGAAGCAGGAUAUAAUGGAGGUUUCCAGCAGACAUUCUCAGUCUGGUAUGGCCAUGUGCUGAAGAGGGAGCAUUUAGGUCCGUAUGACUGGCUUUCCAUACCUGUGCCUGGAGGCCACGACUGGAUGGUGGUGCCCGGCUUAGAGCCAGAGACAACAUACCAGUUUAGCGUCCUGGCCCAAAACAAGCUUGGCACAGGCCCCUUCAGCGAGGUUGUCACUGUGAACACACUAGUAUUUCCUACAAGUACCCCUGAACCAUUGGUGCUGCUUACCCCACCACGGUGCCUCACAGCCAAUCGCACGCAGCAGGGAGUCCUGCUCACCUGGAUUCCGCCUGCCAAUCACACAGCACCUAUCCAGCAUUAUGUCAUGGAGUUUCGCCUGGGGGAGCGAUGGGAGGUCUUGGACGACAGCAUUCCUGCAGGGGAGACAGAGUUGGUUGCCCGAGAUCUCAUCCAGGAGGCGUGGUAUGAGUUCCGCGUCAUGGCCAUCAUGGAUGACAUGAUCAGCGAGCCUAGUAACGUAGUUGGAGUGUCCAGCACAGAUUUCUUUCCUCCUCCAGAGUUGGUGGAGGAGCGUGGACUGGCACGGCCUGUGGUGGCUGGUAUUGUGGCCACCAUCUGCUUCUUGGCAGCAGCUGUCCUUUUCAGUACCAUGGCUGCCUGCUUUGUCAACAAGCAGCGGCGGAGAAAACUCAAGAGGAAAAGAGACCCCCCUCUUUCAAUAACUCACUGCAGAAAAAGCCUGGAAACUCCGAGUCCACUUAGCCUCAUUCCCAGCAUUGAGCCCUACUGGGAGGGGCUGGACGCAAGCAGGUCAUCUUCAGGAAAGGUGAGCCCAGAGAGCAUUCGUUCAAAGGCAUCUCCAUCAGAAUCAUCUGAAGAUAGUCAUGACCAGCGUGGAAAAAAACCACCCCCAAGUCCAGGGAAGAAGGAGGAAUUAUCUCUAUACAAAAAGACCAAAAGAGCAAUAACAAGUAAGAAAUACAGCAUCCCCAAGCAUGAAGCUGAAGCAACAACACCCAUUGAACUCAUCAGUCGAGGCCCAGAUGGACGCUUUGUUAUAGAUCCUACAGACAGAGAAAUGUCUGUCAAACCCCGGCGAAUUGAGGGCUUCCCGUUUGUGGAAGAAUCAGACCUAUAUCCUGAAUUCCGACAGUCAGAUGAAGAGAAUGAUGACGCUAGGGCUCUUCCACCAGUUAUGCCCCCCUUGCGGCCUCACCAGAUCUCUCCUAUCUCCAGUCAGGAAUCCUACCUGCAACCUCCAGCCUACAGCUCUCAUUUCCACAGGCCCUUCGAAGGUAUGACCAUCAUGGAGAGCAGUCGGCUCCAGGCCACUGGGCAGAUCCGAGGCUCUCUCCACCACAGGGCUUUUUAUGGCUAUCUAGGUCCUCCUGGGGAUCAUGAUCCUCCACCUCCUUUUUACAUGCCAGAUACCAGCCCACUUAGCUCUGUCAUGUCCUCCCCUCCAUACCUUGCUGAGGGUCCUUUUGGCCACGCUAUGAUUCCUGAAGAAAUGGGAGAAAGUGAUUUUCCGCAAUAUGCUGUCUCUGGUUUUCCACUUCCACUGACCCUCACCUCUUCCAUUCGUUCUCCAGAGAUUUGGCAGGGAUUGGAUUUUACCUUUGCAAGUUUGGAGGGACCCCAGUUCAUUUUUCCACCACAUCAACCUUUGCAUCUCCGCCACGAUUCUCCCUAUCCCCCUCCACCUCAUGUUCUUCCCCUUAGUGCUAUCCAGCCCUCCUCUCUUCCAAUGCCCACUUAUCCAGCUGUCCUGCCACUGGAGGCCCCAAAGAGCCACUCAAGCAAGUCUCCCAGCAAGGCCAGGCCUCAUGGCUCCCCAGCCAAGCAUUUAGCUAUGCAAGAGGCACAUUUAGGGCAGCUAAGACACACAAGCCACGGAAUGGGUGUGCCGGUUUUGCCUUACACCGAUCCAAUGGCCCAUAUUGUUCCUAGCACAUUCAGUAGCUUGGACACACGAUGGUUUGAAACCACUCCUCAUUUCAGUCCCAGACAUGCUCGUAGGAUGGAUUCUGGCAUGCAUCAGGUGGUUCUUCAGCCCUCUCGCCUCUCACCCCUCACCCAAAGCCCCCUUAGCUCUCAUGAGGGCUCCCCAGAGAUAGUAGUUCGUCCCAGGCCACGUCCCGGCAUUGUCCAACCUACUAUACCUUCAGAGAUGUCUGAGAUUACCCUCCUCCCUCCUUCCACAGCCAGCUUCUCAAGAAGAUCUUCUCCCUCCUCCUCACCUGCUCAAGUCCAGGGUAGCAGGAGAACAAGCCCCAGCUACCAUUCCCACAUGGCCUUUGCCACCUCUGCAACCAGCUACCCAGCUUCCCAGUCUCCAUCACCCCCCAUGGAAAGCAGCAACAUAUUUGGGCAGAUGCCAUCUCAAAGGAGGACUGAGGAGGAGAUCCUUCCAUCGGAGCCUUCUCCACCCCAGUUGUCAGCUUCAGGAAAACGUCGAGGUGCGCAGAGUGCCCUUUCAGGGUCUGAGAGGAUCGAUGCACUGAGAUACCAACGUAUUAAAAAGGCCAAGAAGAUGACUAUGAACAACAAUAACUCCAAGACCAGAAAGAAAGCAGGUGUCUCCACCUCUCAGACCCAGCAGGCCUACACCUCUCAGGUACUCCAGCCCGAAGAAGCUCUCUACCUCCGCAAAAAGAAGAAACGGCCCAUUCUCCAUGACCCAUAUAUUCGCUUUUCUGCUCUGCUUUACCGUCGUCCAAUUCGGGAGGACCAGAAAGCUAUUUUGGCUAGCAUGGACAACACAGACCUAGACCAUGCCACCCUCCUCUGAAAGUCACAGCUGUGCAAUACAGCUCCCCUUUCCAAAAUGACACUGCACUAGCUACAUCUCAGCUGAAAGAAAAAAGAAUACUGUCACUAGAAUUGUCGCAGUUUAUUACCUACAAAGGGGAGUGGCACAAAAUUUCAGCAUUCAGAUUUGGUUUAUUCUACAGCUGCACCCCUUGGUCAGUCUAGUUUGCAUUAGUAAGCAUUCUGCUGUGUUCAUGAAUUAACCUUGACAAGUCUCAAUUUCUUCAAAAAAAGCAGAUUAAGAGAAUUAUUAUCAGAAGCCACACAUAUGUUUUUGUUUUAAAAAAAUCAGUUUAAUGCCAUCUUUGAUUGGAAUUGUGGUUUUGAGGCAUUUCCUCCCCCAAAUUUUGGAUUAUUUGAUGUCCUGCUUUGGAGACCCAAAGGCACAGCAAUCUUCUGUUCUUACAUCAAGUAGUAUUCCAUUUAAAAAAAAAUGUUUAGACCUCUAAAGAUUUAAGUGAUAACUGACACAUUUGUCCAAAAUUUUACUCCAGUGCAAAAUCAUUAACUAGAAUACAUACAGCCUACCAUUUUGCUGAUUUUCAUAACGACUAUUUUCCUAGUCCAGUCUUCAUAUUCUUAAUUUUAACAUUCCCUCCAGCCUCGGGUCCUGUUUCUUGUGCUGAGCCAAUCCUCUCUCCCCAUCCUGCGGGUCUCCGUUUACAGCACCUUCUAUAAGAACCUCUCUCCGCCAGCAGCAUCUCUUAUCUGCCGAGAAACUCGCCUCACAAAUAUGGGUGUUCUCACUUCCUACCAAGUAUACCUCAGAGCACAGGACACGAGACCACACAACCACCUGGAUCAGCCAGGAGAACAAACUAGCCUUUUUACUCAUCUUUUCAUUAUUGUUGCUUUUUUUAUGUACCUGUUUUUAUAUUUGUUUCCAAAUGUGCAAACACUGAACACAUAGUUUAUCUGUUCAAGAAAGAUUCACAUCUUUACUCAUCAGCUUUUUUCUGCUCUGUGCUGAAUGAGCAGGAAAAGGGCUUGUGGUGAAAGGAAACAGAAACAUUACCUUUAGCUUUACUGUACUCGGCCUAAUCUUCACUCUGUGUAGUUUUUCACUGACAGAUGGGAACCAAACAGGUCUUGUCUUCAUUCCACAUAAUAUUACAAAAAAUCUGGCACCCUCAAAUGUGGCUUUUUAAUAACAAAAAAUAUUGUGAUUUCUAUUUAGUUGCUGAUUCGAUUUUCUUAUGAAGUUAUACAGUUGCUCCAAUUAUUUUGAAUUUUAAUUUUAAUUCCAGCUUUUUACAUCUCAGAACGGUUUGCACUGGAGCAAAAUCUUGUCCACGUCCUGUCUCUUCCUUUACAUUUCACUUCUUCUACUUUGGUUGGCUUAGAGGGCUGCAAAUCCACUUCUGAAAUUUAUGCCAAAAACAAUUCAGUGAACAGAAAGAAACAAUUUUAGGGAUUUUGUGCCAUUUCAGAUACACACAUAUAUAUAUAUAUAUAUACACAUGUGUGUGUGUGUGUGUGUGUGUGUGUAUACUUACAAUUUUGCUUCAUAUUUAUUUAGGAGGGCAUAAAACACUGGCUUUAUUUGGCCUUAAUCUUUGCCUGUUUCAUUUGUGUCAAACUUUAUUUAAUGUUUGUUUUUUAUUUGUGUUUUUUAUAUCUGCUUCUUUUGGCCAGUUUCUAUUUAUGUGCUUGUCAUUUGCUGAGACUCCAUCUAUGCUCCAAGAAAACGCUGUGUGGCACUGAAGGUCACACACAGUGAGCCGAAUGUUUUUGCUGUAUUUUCACAGAUUGGUUCAAAUAUUGAUUCCACAGAUUGAGAAAUGUGUUUAACAUGUGAUGGAUGUGUUGGAUGCUACGCAGCUACACAGUUCAUUUUUUUAUGAUUGGAUGAGUAACAAAAGUGCCAUAACAUCAGAAACUCAGCUAUAUUACACAGUACACAUGCUGCUUCUUGUUACAUUAUGGAAUCCGCAGAUGAGGGGUGUGUACGUUAAAACAAAACAAAAAAAAAACAAUCAAGCUUUUGUUGUGUGUGGAUUUUUAUCAGUAGGUGUAUUCACUUCAUGGUGUCAUGGUGACAUGUUGCAAUAUGAGAACAAUGGAGGUUGAUUAGUAUGAUAAUAAUCUAUUUAUUUCUUUAUUUCUUGUGAUUUUGAGCUGCUAAUCCCAGCAGUCUUCUAAAAUCAGACAUUUUUUCAGUGACUACAUUUACUUGCUUGUAUAAGAUAUUUCCACAAUAAAUGCUUUCAUAAAGAGCAAUUUUAGACAGGCCUUCUGUAAUGCAGGAGCAAUUCUGGAAUAGAUGUGAUUCUUUUUUUCAUUUAGAUCUAUCUAAUAAAACGGCUACUGUAACUAAAUCUUCUGAGUGCGUUUGUAAUACAUGAAUAAACAAGCUAAAAUAAAAGAAAACAUAUAACAGAAGAGUCCUGACUUGACAGACGUUAUACAAAAAAGAAAAAAGUAGAGAAGCUCCAGAUAAUGCACUUAUUGUGGAAAUAACUAUGUUAAUUCAUACAACUUUAACCACAUUUUCCACUUCCAAAAACCAAUAAUAAGAGUUUUAGUCAGAAUAACUUGGCUUCACACCUCCUAUAGAAAUUACUGGUAACAUUUUGUUAACAAGACCCACUCCAAUCUGUAAAUGCUGUGCUGCGUUUAGGGACAAGGUCAACAAAAGUGGAAAUCCUGAAUGUUGUUUUUUAUAUUCUUUAUAAAGGGGGUCCACAUACAGGGACUCAUCUGCAUGUCGCAUAUUCUUUUUGUUGCUGAUAGUAAGUUGCCAGCGGUCAUUCCAGACUUAGGUAACCUUCUAAUGAGUUUAGCAUGCCUUCGGUCAAUCACUGGUAUCCUCCACACUCAUUGGUAGAUGCUUCAGUGUCUCAUCUUGAAGCUGCAAAAUGUUUAACGUGAGUCCCGCCCACUUCAUGUCUUGCUGAAUGUUACUGAUUUUCUGUGGUCACUGGUUGCCACAUUGCUGCUAGUUGCUACACGUCUGGAUGCCCCUUAAGGCACCAACUUAAGGCUAAAUAGCUAUCUCCCCAGAGGUGAUGUAGUAGCGAUGGCAAACAGAAGCUCGUGAGAUGCUGGGGAAACCAUGAGUGAUGCAUCCAUAAAUGAUUGCAAACACCACUUCCAUUUCCAAAAUGUGAGCAGGCUUUUGGUGUGAGUGGUGAUUGGUUUCAGAAUCCUGUUGAAAGAAGAACAGGGAAGUCUUCUUCCAUGAACCCCCCUGUCUGAGGCAUCGCAAGAUUUGAAAAGCUGUAUUUUGACAACAAUUCAAAGGUUUAAUUUGCUUUGUGCCUGUUAAAUACACCACAGUUUAUUUCAUUUCAGCAGACCUUGGUGUGUGUGUGUUGCUGUAGGCUCUCUCGGUGAGGGGAGGAAAUAUGGUGCUGUGGCAGUUUGUAGGCUAAAACAGAGAGGACUGAAACUGAUUGCAUGUAACACAGUGGAUGAAGACCCAAGAUAAAUGCAUAAAAAUUAGCUAUAAUAUCCUCAAAAUUUGAUAUAGAUUAUUACAAUUAUAUUUACAGUUCUAAGAAGAAACAAAUGAAUUAGGAGUAAAGUAAAUUUGUGAUUGCCUAAAAUUGGCUUUUAAAAGAAUGGAAUACAAUUUAGAAUAGUCUUGGAACUUCCUUUAAAGAGUUUAUAUCGAGGAUUUAAAGGCACUUAGUUCAUCCAACAGAGGGGAUCCUGCAACUUUCCUGUUUGCUUCACAACUUUGAAAUGUCACAAAUAAUAAGUUAACAACCAGCUGAUCUGAGCAAAGUCGGACAGAGCGUAAAUCUGUAAUCCGUGACUUAUUGUGACUGUAUAACAGAUUAUUUUUAAUCUGUCAUAUUAUCUCAGUAAGGACUCAUAAUUAACUACAUAUGACAAAUGUUUGGAAAAUCUGUUUACAUUUCAUAUGUCUGAAAAAACAAAACAAUCGGCUGAUUUAUUGAAAUUUUAAAAAACCAAAUAUCUAAAUAUAAAUAACUGCCUUAAAAAUCCUAUAUCAGUCGGGCUCUAGUUUAAAUGCUUUUUAAGUUAAGCAUUAUUAAUUAAUGAUCAUCAAUUAGUUAACUAAUGCUAUUAGGAGAAUGUGAAUAAACAGCUACUUUGACUUUAUUUAUAAAAUGUUUAUCUACAGUCUUUAAGAUAUUUGCUGAAGUUAAACUAGGGAUGGACUGUACUGGGCAAUAUCAAUUUGUAACCUUUAUUUAAGCAGGCAACUGGUUAAAAUACCUUCAGAAUAGAAUAGAAUAGAAUAGAAUAGCCCUUUAUUGUUAUUAGUAUUAGUGACAGAGACCUCCAGAAGGAAAAGCCUCUUGAAGAAUUGCAGAUAGGACUAAAACGAAAUAUCAGGGUUUAAAAGAUCAGCAGCAUACAUCCAUAAACAUUUCAGCAUACUGUCCCCUAGGAGUCAAAUAUUUAAUUAGAUUCUGCAAAGGGUAAUUUUAAAAAAGCACCUUUAAAACAAAACUGAGUUAAUGUGAUUGAUAUCUUGUAAUGUACAUACUAUACUGACAUCUUGUACCAGAAUUAUUUCUAAAAUACAUAUAUCUGAAAGCUCACUUUGCUAAUUAACUAAAUAGUCAACAUAUUGUUCUAUGUUGUAUUUAUUUCACAUUUGAAAAGAAUUUUAAGUGAGCUAAUGUAUACAGAGGUUUCUAUAUUGAAAUUAAUUAGUCUAUAUAUUGUAAAAUGUAAAAUCAGAAAUUGCCUAUUUUAGUAAUAUUUGUCGAUAUGCAUGCAUGAAUGAGAGCAAUUGAUAUAUUUUCCCAAUUUAUGUCCAUUUGGAAAUACACUUUAAGUAGAUAGCUAUAGCCAGUGUAUAUUUUUCAGUUUGAGAGUCAAGUCUCCCAAAGCACACACAGUAGGGUCUACUCAGUCCUCUGUAUCACUUCUAUAGUGGCCUGAGAACUUGAUGAAUAUCAAGCUCAUGUUUCACUGACUUUGCAUCUCAUCGCCUACCAGUCAACCAGAUUUCCACCCAGAACUUGUGUUGGAACAAUGACAGCUACUUAUUCAGCAUGGGGCAGGUUUAAUACAGACUCACAUCUCUGACAUCGCUGUUGUCUCAGACUUAGAAUUACAUCCCACUUUUCAUCCACUGAUUGCAUGUAGAACACGCAUUUGUGUUGAGUGCAUUUUUGGUUUUUGUCUUGAAUAACACUCUUUCCAGACUUAUUUGAAUGUAUCUGGUAUCAGUAGGGAAUGGCAUAGUGGUGCAGCAGUUAGCAGUGUCACCUCAAAGAAUCUAGUCUUGUGUUCGAAUCCACCCUGGGGCCUUUCUGUGCAGAGGUUGGUUGCAUGUUGUCCCCAUGUCUCCAUGGGUUCUCUCUGUCUGUGUUAGACCUGUGACAGAUUAGCAACCUGUCAUUGGUGUAGCCGGCCUCUUGCCCUGUGACAGGUGCAACAGGCUGCCUGUUCAAAUACAUGUAGAUAAAGUCACAAGAACAGCUCUUUAGCUUAGCAACUGUAGUUGUACAACUGUGUGACUUUGCAUCGUUUGAUCACCAAAGGUUUUAAUUAGACUUAGGUGAGUGAGGAUAGCUGAGAAAUCUUAAAAAGGCCAAGGGAAAGGUCAUCUAUCUUGACAAAAAAUUACUGUUAACCUCUUAACUUGUCCAUGUAAAUAGUGUAUAUUGGAAGAUAUAGUCUGCAUGGUAUAAACGAUUGAGUGAUGCUGACAAAAACUGGGAUUUGCACUACCAGAGCAAACACUCUGAGAAAGACGUGUGGCAACAGUGGUCUUGCUUUUAAGAUAGAAGCCACAAUUAAAAUCUUUAGCUGAACAAUCAAAAUCAAACUAACUGUAAAAAGCUGUUUACUUACUUUGGUGAAUAAUGCAACUCAGAGAGUGCAGCUGGCAAAAACAUGUGCUAUGGGUUUGAUUAGUCAAGAGGAUUUAAGGCUUCAGAAUUCCUCAGUAUGUCUUUGUAAGUGUAUGUUAGGCCGUGUUACCUACAUGUUACUAAGUCAUGUUAGCUCACGUGGAGGUAUAUAUUAAAAAAAGACUUCCAUCUGUAUUUUUGCACAUGGCCAUCCCUACAGUUGUAAUACACCGUUUCUCCAUGACAAGCUGGAAGAUUAAAACCUGCAACCACAAUGUCAGAGCCAAUGUUAUCAUAGUUAACUAGAUGUUAACAGUUAACCCUCUGCCUUUACUAAACACACUAGCUAGUUCGCAGCUUUGCUAACAUAGAUAAAUCUACAAUUAUUACAAAGUAAUUGUAAAAAAUUUAGACAUCAGAGAUUAGCCAAUACUAGUUAUCAAUCCAACAGCAAGAAGGCGAGCUAAGUAUCUGCCUGGCAACCUUUCAGACUUUCCAACAUUUAUUAUUUUUCAGUCUCUUACUCUCUCUCUCUUUUCCCUUCUGUAAAUGUCAUGUUCUUUCACAUUGCUGCUGCCAUUGUUUCCAUAUUGAGAAUACAAAGGUAGUUUUGUCCUCUAGCUAGGUGAAGACCCAUUGGUGGUAGUGUGUUACAUUAUGUUAUAAAGCAUUACGUGACUUUCCCUGGACAGUUAUGAGAGUCUGAAGCAGUUAUUUUAAGGUGUAAAAGUUGCCUGACUGUUGCAUAAAGAAUACAUAUAUGCAGAAAUAAAUAUUUUAAAGAGAAAAAUACUCAUAGUUUGGCAAUGAAAAAAGACAUUACCAAAUGUGCUAUUACAUUUUGUAAUGUAAGAAAGAUUGGUAGUGUAUUUUUGCACUGAAUGUGGCAGUAACAUCUCUCAAAAAUUUGAUGAAAUUUGAUUAACAAAAUAAAUUCAAAAUAUCAAUUUGUCUUAUUUUAGAGAUAUUCCAUGUAUUUUAUUUUUUUACAUCAUUUUUUUUCCUCCGUGUAGAUCACAAACUGUACUUUGGACACACACACACACACACACACACACACACACACACACACACACACACACACAAAACCCAUGCUUGAUUAGUGUGUCUUUGUGAAAUCAUGUAUUACAUAGCUCGCUAUACUGCUCUACAUUUUGAGCCAAAUAUGAUGAUUUGCAGUUGAUGGUACUGAAGCAGAAAUUUCACAUUUUUUUAAAUCACGCAUUCAAAGACACUUUUUGAGGAAAAUCUCAGUACUGUAUCACUCAGUCCCUGAACUGAGGAGCACCUCUUUCAGUGACCAGUCAUCAUAUUGUUGAAGAUGUUCACAUUUUUAAAUGCUAAAGAGGAUUUUACCCCAUGUGCUAAAUGAGAAAGAAUACCUGGUGCUAAUACAUGCUGCACAUGUUAAAGGAAAAAUGUUUGUUUACUUACAAAAUACAUUUAGUUGCUAAAUGCACCCAGACUCAUCUUUUUCCUCAUUUUCAUUAUUUUUUAUGAGCUCAGAUUUGCAGUUUAUAUGUAAACACUGGCAUCAGUCAUUGUCAGUCAUUGUCACAGAGGUUGCUUUGAUAUUGCUUUAACAUCAUAGCUGUGAACUGCAAACUGUUACAGUGAUGAAAUCCAUCAUACAUCACUACUCUGAAAAAACAGUUCACGUCUCUGCAAAGUCUUUUUAAACAUUCAUUAUGGGGACUACAAGCCCAUAAAUAACUAACAUAGUCAUAUUUGUUAAACACUUUUGAGUACAGUUUGUUGUUGAAAAAAAGGCAUCCUUUGAUUGAAGAAAGGAUGUACAGUAAUAAUAGACAUGCAAACAAAAGCUACUUAAAAGCCAGCAGCAGACAGCUGCAAGUAAUACAUAUGCAGACGUAUUACUUCAGCCUGGAGUAAUGUAUGAAACUACAUUACAAACUAAAGUGCAGAAAACAGAUCACAGUUUAAGAAAAAAGUUUGUUACUACCAUGUAAAUAAUAACUGAAAUUAGCAUCCGUUGUCUCACGCCCUCUCAACACUAUAUAUAUAUAUAUAUAUAUAUAUAUAUAUACAUACAUAUAUAUAUAUAUAUGGACAUACAUCAUUGUUGUGUGUGUGUGCGUGUAGAAGAAACUGCAAUGCACAUCGACUAUAUUGACUGGGUGCGAACUGUAGUAGGGUAUGCUUAGUGACACAUUAUAACAUGAUGUAACAGUGUCCAUAACAUACGUGAGUGAUGGAAAUGUUCUAAAUCCUAGAAAUUAGUUUAAUAAUAAAAUAAUA